UAUCCCUGCCUGCUUCACAGCGGUGCGAGAACCAAAGCAGAGGAAAGAAAGCUUUUCUAUCUAAUUGAAAUACACGUUAUCUGCUGUUGUUUCAGGCUGUUGCCAGCACCUGUUGAUGGAGUCUAUGCUCCAGUGAGAUGACUGACCAGGGCAACAACAACCGAAACAUCUCCCGCAACCCCUUCGCUGCCCUUUUCAGCUCCCUCGCCGACGCCAAGCAGUUUGCAUCGGGCCAGAAACCACCUUCGCACCAUGGCGAACCACCCUCGGAGGACUCGGAGGGAAGUCAGUCCGAGUCGGAGAACUCGGACAGCAUCGAGGACAAUGACGACUCGGUGGCCGAGAUCAGCCGCUCCUUCCUGUCGCGGCAGGAGCUGUGCGAGCAGCUCAACAUCAACCACAUGAUCCAGAGGAUCUUCCUCAUCACCUUGGACAACAGUGACCCCAGUCUGAGAGAGGCAAUGGAUUCCUCCACGACUGCUGCUGUGUAUUCGCUGGAGGAAAUGGCCGCUGAGAUGCGUCAAGAUUGGGGACAGGACAACAUUGAGCAGGAGGUGCGCACCUUCCAGCGAGGUGAGAUGCGGCCCGUGCUCGAAUAUAUGCCAGAGGCCGUGGUGAAAGACUUGGAUCUCUGCCAGCGGCUGCUCUUCUCCUACCUGGACCUGCUCCUCUACUUCAGCCGCCAAAAAGAUAUCGCUAUGGUAUUGGUGGAGCACAUCCAACCCAAAGAUCCYGACAAUGGGCUUCAGUAUCAGAAGACCCUCCUUGGCACUGUGUUGAGUAUCUCUUGCUUGCUGAAGACCCCGGGGGUGGUGGAGGGUCACGGCUUCUUCCUCAACCCAUCACGCUCCAGUCCACAGGAAAUGAAGGUGCAGGAGUCCAACAUACACCAGUUCAUGGGCCAGUUCCAUGACAAGCUGCACCAGCUCCUGAAGAACCUGCUGCAGCAGUCGGGUGAGACGCGCCACCUGCUGCUCUCCUGGCUGGGCGGCUGCCUGCAUGCCAACGCCGGGCGCACCAAGAUCUGGGCCAACCAGAUGCCCGAGAUCUACUUCCAGAUGUACGCGUCAGAUGCCUUCUUCCUCAAUCUGGGCGCCGCGCUGCUCAAGCUGUGCCAGCCCUUCUGCCGGCCGCGCUCGCCCAAGCUGCUCACCUUCAACCCCACCUACUGCGCCUUCAAGGAGCUCAGCGAGGAGGAGCGGCACAACCGCAACGUGCAUGCCAGAGGUCUGGACAAAGAGACGUGUCUUGUCCCCCUUCCACCCCAGCAGUCGGUGGAGUACGCCCAGUCGUACAGCCUCCUCACUGAGAACCUCAUCCUCACCCAGAUGACCCUUCACCUGGGCUUCCACAGACUCCACGAGCAGAUGGUGAAGAUGAACCAGUCGCUCCACCGGCUGCAGGGUACGUGGCGGGAGGCUCAGCUCACGGGCGGCCCGGCGGCCGAGCAGCUCCGCGAGCAGUUUGAGCGCCUCAUGACGGUCUACCUGUCGACCAAGGCAGCAGCCACCCAGCCGGGCAUGCUGCAGUGCUGCCUCAACCUGCAGGCGUCCAGCGCCACACUCUUGGUUCAACUGGGCCUCAGCAACCAGGGGCCCGAGCACGCCCAGCUCUCCUUCCCCCUGCCACCGCUACACAACAGCCUGCUCUGUCACAUGCCAGAGUUCUUUGCGGAGAACUUGGGAGAUUUCUUUGUCUUCCUCCGCCGCUUUGCCGACGAGGUCCUGGAGUCUUCUGCCGAGAGCUUGGAGCAGGUCCUCAACUUCAUCACUGUGUUCAUGGGAAACGUGGAGAGGAUGAAGAACCCUCAUUUGCGGGCGAAGCUGGCAGAGGUGCUGGAGGCGGUGAUGCCCCACAUGGAACCGGUGUCGGCUGGCACAGCCCAGCCAAUCAUGUUCCAGCGUCAAAGGGUCUUCUGCUCCUACCACCAUGCACCUCACCUGGCUGAGGCACUCAUUGCUGUGUUUGUGGACAUUGAGUUCACUGGUGACCCUCACCAGUUUGAACAGAAGUUCAACUACAGAAGACCUAUGUAUCCCAUCCUCAAGUACAUGUGGGGGAAGGAGAGCUACAGAGAGAGCAUUAAGAGUCUUGCUGUUUAUGCAUCCGAGAACCUCGAGGCCAUGAAUCCUCCACUCUUCCUGCGGUAUCUGAAUCUCCUGAUGAACGACGCCAUCUUCCUACUCGACGAAGCUAUACAGUACCUGAGCAAGAUUAAGCUUCUGCAGCUGGAGAAGGACCAUGAUGAGUGGGAGGGCCUGGCUCCUGAUGCCCUCAGGGAGAAGGAGUCCAGUUUGCAUAUGUUGGGACAGCUGGCACGCUUCCAUAACAUCAUGUCCAACGAGACCAUCGGCACACUGGCUUUCCUCACAUCGGAGAUCAAGGGUAUUUUUGUGCACCCUUUCAUGGCCGAGAGGAUCAUCUCCAUGCUCAACCACUUCCUGCAGCACCUGGUUGGCCCCAAGAUGGGUGCCCUGAAGGUGAAAGACUUCAGCGAGUUUGACUUCAAGCCUCAACAACUGGUCUCCGAUAUCUGCACCAUCUACCUUAACCUGGGUGAUGAAGAUAAUUUCUGUGCCACUGUCCCAAAAGACGGGCGCUCCUACUCUCCCACGCUCUUCUCUCAGACUGUCCGAGUCCUGAAGAAGAUCAACAAGCCCGGAGAAGUUAUUGUGGGUUUCGGUCUCCUUGCUGACAAAAUAAAGUCUCAUGCAGACCAACAGCUGCAGGAUGAGGAAACGUACGCGGAUGCCCCAGACGACUUCCUGGACCCCAUUAUGUCCACGCUGAUGCUCGACCCUGUGCUGCUCCCCUCCUCCAAUGUCACGGUUGAUCGCUCGACCAUAGCACGGCAUUUACUCAGCGAUCAGACAGACCCAUUCAACCGCAGCCCACUCACCAUGGACCAGAUCCGGCCCAACGAGGAGCGGAAGCAACAGAUCUUACAGUGGCUGGCCCAGCAUAAGCAGGAGCGGCUGCAGAUGGGCCCUAGUGGCUAGCCCUGGGAUCUUCUCAAACAAACUAUGACUGUACCAUACCUUCCCUCACCUCCUUACUGACAGUAGUAUGCUCCACUUUGACUCAUCUCCAUGUGUGCUUGCCUUCAAGCUUUGGACUUCAAACCACGUGAGACAUUGGUAUCUCCCUCUCAUGCAGAGCACAUCACUCAAAUACCGUCACUGGUCAAUGGAAGAUCCCAGGUCUCAAAAACUGUCAAGAGAGCAGGUAGUGGUGCAAUUUGAAAACCGAGUUGCACUGCUACAUUCAUGUGCCCUAUGGUGGUUUCAGAAUUCUGCGCCCUGCUACAGAGAAUAUGCUGUUUACCAUUAGUGGUUGCAGUCUGGUCAGAACCACUGGUCUAACUGGACAGUAAUCGUUUAGCAAUUCCUAAAUGAUCAUCAGCUCUGCCAAAUGUUUUAUAUUUUAAAAGUAGAACUUGGACUUCAGAACAAGAAAAUGUCAUAUGUCUCAUUAAUUGCCCCUUGUCUCUAUAGUACCCAUAAGGUCUAUAUGCACCAUCCAUCUACGAACCUAAACAAGAUUAUCUGACGUUAUUUAGCAUUUACAAUUGAAAUAAUUUCUUACGCAAGCAUAUAAUACCCAUUGUAAUAAAAUGUGGGCAAACCAAUCUUAAUUUAAAGAAUCGGUGCCUAAAACCACCAGCCUUGCUUUAAUUUCAUUGACCAGACAUUUUUCAAGUUAUUAUAUUGUCUUUGUUGCAUUUGUGGUAUCAAAUGCCCUGUCAAUGGAUAUGUCUUAUAUCCUAAACAAGAGAUGGUAUGGACAAUGUAGGAGUUGGGGUGUCACUUGCUUUGGUUAUUUACAAAGCAGUUUGUAACUUGUGCGAGUUGCUCUUGUUUGGAAUUUGUGACUUAAUGCAAAGUGAAGUGUGAUUUGCUGAAGAAAUGAGUAGAACAUGUGUGAAAGAAUACCCAUUUGAUAGCAUGCAUUUGUAUGUGGUAUAUCUACUAACUUGAUGAUUACCCGAGUGAAAUUAUAAUGCAAUAUUUUAACUGUCAAUGUAUUUUGAAUGUACUAAUAAAUAAAAAGCUUUGAUGUGUUACAGUA